CAGCGCCUCGCCGCGUCCAUGUCCAGCGCCGCUCGCUAUAAAGCACAUCGCCAGCACCCGCCGCGUCCGUCUGCUCCUGUGCCUGUGCCUGUGCCUGUGCCUGGCCCUGACCUGACUGCCUUGAUCCUCGGGAGCCGGCAAUGCGGGGACGAGGGAGCCCCUGAGAUCGCUGAGAUCGCUCCUCACGUGCGAGAGACAUGGCCGAGCCCACGACUUCCACCCCCGGCCUCUUCUCGCGGCGGCCCUCGUUCUUCGGCGGUCCAAAGACAAAGGGCCACCAGCAGUCGCAGUCGCAGUCGCAAUCGCGCUCGUCCGUCACCCAUCCACACCAACACCCACACGCCCGCAUCACCACCCCGCCCACGCUUACCGUCCCCGGCCAGCUGCCCACGUCCCCCCCCGACGCGCUGCUCCCGACGCCACGCAAGCGCAGCACCGGCUCGCGACACUCGCUGUCGUCGUCCGUGGCCGACCUGGGCUCGUCACUGCGCCGCUCGCGCAGCAACUCGGUGCGCACCAGCCACUCCGCCAGCUCGUCCUCGCACACGAGGACCCCCUCAGCCACCCUGGCCCUGUCCUUUUCGCCCGAGAAGGCGCCCGCCCUGGGAGCCGCGCCCGCCGCCUCGCGCCCGGCCCUCUCCAUAGCCACCUUUGCGCGCAACAAGCAGAAGAGCAGCGAGAACGUGCGGCCCGACGGCCUGCCGCAUUACGAGAAGAGCCCGCUGAGCGCCGUCGACAAGCCCAAGACCAUGGCUGCACCCGCCAUGGCCCCGCGCCACCCGCCCUCGCAAAAGGACAUCCUGCACGCAAACCGCCAGAACAACGCGACCCUGGCACCCGCCGCCCCCAUCUCGCUGCCCAACGGCGCCGCAAACCCAAACAUCAUCUUCCAGCACAUCCACGAAACAGCCUCGAAGCGCAUCUCCACACUCGACUAUCUACGGAAAGCCCACGAAGGCCGCAUCUACUGGUUCAACACGCUCCUCUUCUCCAAGACCGACCUAACCCGCCUCCCCUCCUUCACAACCCGCAACCAAGCCCGCCGCGCAGCCCACUACCUCCUACUAGGCUUCUCACUCCCCACGAUCCUCGACCUGCACCCAAACUCCCCCGCCGAAUACCUCCGCACCCUCAACGCCCUGCUCCUCGAAUUCGAACAAUACCAAUCCAUCCACCCCGCCGACGGCAGCACGCCCUCGAGCCUCAGCCGCGCACGCAUCCCACAUAUGUUCAAGCGCGCGAACCUCGGCGGUAAAGGCCGACGCAGUAGUAGUGCGGCGGGCGACUUCCCCACGCUGUCGUCGGGGAGUAGCUUUAUGGGCGAGCUGCCGGGGGGGGAGGGCACGACCACUACGGAUGAUUUGCUGCCCAAUGAGAGUUAUACGCAUCUUCAGACCCCGUCGCUGCCGUUUGAUCCGGAUUUUUUCUCCACGUUUGCUACGCUGUGCGAUGUCUUGAUUGAUUGCUACACGCGCAUAUUGAGCAUGCUGAGUACGCCGGAGAGUGUGGCGCUUGCCGGGGGGGGCGCGCCGAGUAUCGCGGGCGAUAUGUUUAAUAAGGCGGAUGCGAGGGUGAGGAAGAUUAUCCUUGCGGGGGUUGUGCGCGAGUUUGAGGAGAGUUGUCGGGCGGGGUUGAGGAGUGAGGUCGGGGGUGUGGGGAAGGUGGUGUUGGGGGGGUUGAUGUAGGCUGUUUCGUUUUUCUUUUUUGCCGAAGGAUGGGGUUUGCUAUGAGUUUAUGAUACCAUUGGAUUGCUAGGUGGGUAGAUUAUGCAUGGGGACAUGGCGUUUCGAAAGCAUAGCUUGACUCUGGAGUCAGGAUUUAGACAGCGUGGAAACGAGCACGUAGUUCUCUUCUACUACUUCUCCCUCACUUUCACACCCUCUUACGCCGCCCCAGCAGCCGCCUCAUUCCUCUCCACAAGCUCCAUAACGCCCUUACUCCUCCCGACCCUAACCUUCUGCAGCCCAUCCGCGUCCUUGCCCUCACUCCCCACCGCCUCGCCCUCAUCUUUCCCCUCGCUCUCCCCCUCGUCCUUGAGCUGCAGCCCCGUCAAGUCCAUCUUCAUGCUGUACGCGUCCUCGCCGUCGGCGUAGUACUUGGCCUCGACCUUCUCGACCUCGAAGCCCAGCGUGUCGCGGUACAGGUGCAACGCUGCGGUGUUGGACAUGCGGACGUGCAGG